UUCACGCCCGCCAUGCCAAGUUUAACUUCCCAACACUGAUCUCUUACUCCUUCACUGGCUCUCACACCCGAAAACCGGUCACGCGAUACGGAGGGGAAUUUGCACAAUUUAUUUGGCAACAACUUUUUGGCAGUUGUUGCAGUUUUCUACCUGCUCUUCUGGUCUGACCGGGCAGCCGCCGCCCAGUCGGUUAGUAUCUCCUGUGCUGGUGUUGAUGAUGAUAGGUAUUUUAACCAUGGUCUUUGAGGAUGUCGUCCCUUACCUCCCUGAGGACGCGGCUCGACUUUUCAACUUUCUCUUCCCAAGCUAUCACGUCCUUUUGGAAACGGCUCUCAUUGUCUGGGUUUUGUGGUUGCUUUUGAGGAAGAAGAAACAUCCUGAGGCAAAGAUUGUUCUCACAUUUGAGGAAGAGGAGCAAAUCAUCAAGGCAUGGAAGCCGAAACCCUUGGUUCCGCCAACGAACAAUGACGAGUUUAGUAAAGGAGACAAUAUAACAGAAAUCUGGGGGUCUGUGGAAAGUAGGCCAGGAAAGCAUAUCGUGAUAAACAAUGUCAAAUAUCUCAACUUGGCAACGAACAACUACUUGGGCCUUGUGGAUGACCCUGCAUUGGAUAAAGAAGCGGAACGGUGUAUUAGAAAGUAUGGUGUUGGAUCCUGUGGACCUAGAGGUUUUUAUGGAACUGUUGAUGUGCACUUGGAAUUGGAAGAGAAAAUUGCAAAGUUUCUUGGAUUAGAAGAAACCGCAUUGUAUUCGUAUGGAUUUUCCACUAUUGCUAGUGCUAUACCGUCUUAUGCCAAAGCUGGCGAUGUGAUUUUUGCGGACGAGCAAGUCAAUUUUUCAAUUCAAAAAGGACUCCAGGCAUCUCGUAGUACAAUCAAGUACUUCCGGCAUAAUGACUGCAGUUACUUGCAAGAACUUUUAGAGGAUCAGCAACGAUAUGAUAUCAGUAAUCCAAAAAAGGCUAAAACUAUUCGCCGUUUUUGUGUAGUUGAAGGGAUUUAUUCAAAAACUGGUGAAAUUUGUCCGUUGAAAGAGAUUGCUGCCAUGUGCAGGAAAAGCAAGGUUCGUAUCUUUGUUGACGAGACCUUGUCAUUUGGAGUUCUUGGAGCUACUGGACGUGGAAUUACUGAAUAUCUUGAUGUUCCAAUUCGUGAUCUUGAUUUGAUAAGUGGAAGUUUGGAGCAUGCCAUGUCUGCUUUUGGUGGUUUUAUUGUUGGACCUUCGUUUGUAGUUGACCAUCAGCGUAUUUCUGGUCUUGGGUACUGUUUCUCUGCUUCUUUACCACCUUUACUUGCUGGAGUUGGAAUCAAGUCAUUAAGUUUGAUGGAAAAGAAUCCACUGAUGGUACGCGAUCUCCAGGAAAAAUGCAAGUUUUUCCAUAAAGCCCUUGAUGCAUUGGACCAUUUUUAUGUUAGUGGUCACGAACUCUCUCCAGUAAAACAUAUCCUUUUAAAAAAGUUACAUGGUUCCGUGCAGUUUACCAGGGAUGAAAAGUGUUCAGCAUUAAGUCGGAUAAUCCUCAUUGUGAAAGAGGUGAACAAGAUUGCUCUAGUGCAACCCAGCUACUUGGAGAAGCAAGAAGCCUUGGUACCAGAACCAAGCAUCCGGCUGGCCGUCAAUCGACUGCUCACUCGCGACGAAAUUAAAAUUGUUGUUUGUGCCAUUCAAGACGCUUCCCAAAGAGUCUUCGACAUUUGAUUCAACUCCAUGAGGAAGAAUCGCUCCAUAAAGUAGAAUAGUAUAUAGCUUACGAUUGUUGUUACCACCAUGAAUAUGCCUUUAUUUUACCUUUCAGUAAUAUUACUUACUAUUGAUUUCUAUGUUUGUAAUACUUUCUAUUAAAUGUACCAAAUCCAGAAGGGGUCAUUAGUUGCAAAAAUAUUCCGACUAGUAGUAUUAAAUAUGCAUUUAUGGUUUGCAUACAAAUGUUAUAUGUUAUCCAACAAAGUAGAAAAUGUUCAAGUUAUUUGUACUUUAGUUGGUCAAAAUAAAUGUUGUACUUAAUUUAUUCACUCUUUUUUUAUUUCAACGCAAAAAAACUUUUUUUGUUUUAGUUUUUUAGCUAACACAUUUUUGCAAUGGUCUAAUUGAUAAAUUUUAAAUGUGAUGUCACACAGCUUCUAUUUUAUAAAUGUUGAUUUUUUUUGUGUGGAGUUGUUUUUUUUCAUAUCAAGUUAACAAUGAUACUCUUUUUAGAUUUCUAAUGUUUAAAAGAAUUGACAAUAUAUAUGGACCAAAUUUGUUAAAAGUACACAGAAGUUAUAGACUUGUGUGACUGUCUCUUAUCCUAUACAACGACAAACUAAAAAACUUGAGAGAGUACUAAAUUAAUGUUAUCAUAA